AAAUACGCUAUCGCUACAAUACAUAUACUAGAUUGCCUCGUAGGCACUUGGAAUUGCGAUAGACAAAUAUUGCGCACAAGAACCGACCGGCGACCGCUCUCACUGCCGAGGCGGCAUGUUGCAGGCGUGAAAUAUAUAUUUCGAUUAGUUCUUUUUCUUUACGGAUUAAUUGGUUUUUGCGUAGUUUUCUGGUCGAAGAAUUCAACAUAAUGUUAAAACACGUUUCAAAAGUGGUACAAGUCUUUGCAAUCCUUAUCGGAGUAUCGCUUGUCUCCGGAAGUGGAUCUGUAGUUAUCAAAAAAGCGGAAAGAACAAUUGACAUAUCUUCUCAGCUCAUAAAAGUCAAUGCAAUCAUUACUUAUGAAAACAGUGAUGCAAAACCGAUAUCAUCAAUCCUAUUCUCAUCUGAUCCAGAGUGGAAGGGUGACCUGUCAUUCAUUGCUGCCAAGGUUGGCAAUGAGGCAUUGGAUGUGAAGCCUAUUGAAAUCUCCAGCAAGCCAGGUGUGAAGCAUUUCUCUGCCACACUGCCCAAGCCCCUGGCUCAGGGGCAAACAGUCAAGGUUGAGGUGGAGAAGGUGUACAGCCAUGGCCUGGAGCCGUUCCCGGCAGAGAUCAGCCAGGCUGACAAACAGCUGGUCCGCUUCGUGGGCAACCACUACGUGUUCACGCCGUACCCGGUGCAGCAGCAGACCACCAAGGUGCUGCUGGCCUCUGCCAACGUGGAGAGCUACACCAAGCUGAAGCCCAGCCAGCUCACAGACACCACCAUCACCCUGGGGCCGUACGAGAACGUACCAGAGUACUCACGGAGCGAGCUGGUGGUGCACGCCGAGAACAACUCGCCGUUCCUGGCGGUGACGCGGCUGACCCGGCACAUCGAGGUCUCCCACUGGGGCUACAUCUCGGUCGAGGAGACGGUCGACGUGCGUCACGUGGGCGCCAAGCUGCGCGGCUCCUUCUCGCGCUUCGACUACCAGCGCGAGCACAACAGCGGCGUCUCCAGCGUGCAGCAGUUCAAGACGUCGCUGCCGGCCGCCGCCCAGGGCGUCUACUACCGGGACGAGAUCGGCAACAUCAGCACGUCGCGGAUGCGCGUGCUGCCCGACGAGGUGGAGCUGGAGCUGCGGCCGCGCUUCCCGCUGUUCGGCGGCUGGCGCACCCACUAUGUGAUCGGAUACACGGUACCCGUCUACGAGUACCUGUUCCGCAGCGGCGAGAACUACGUGCUGAGUAUGCGCCUGCUGGACCACGUGUUGGACGACAUGGUGGUGGACGAGCUGGAGGUGUCGGUGGUGCUGCCCGAAGGCGCCUCCGACGUGCAGCUGCAGACGCCCUACCCCGUCACACGCCGGCCGGACUCUCUGCUGCUGACCUACCUGGACAUCACCGGCCGGCCCGUCAUCAGCGUCACCAAGACCAACCUGGUGGAGAACCACAUCCAGGAGUUCCGCAUCGGCUACCGCUUCCCCGUCUGGAUGACGGUGCGCGAGCCGCUCAUGGUGGUGGUCGCCUUCCUGCUGCUCUUCCUGCUAGUCAUCAUCUACGUGCGGCUCGACUUCUCCAUCAGCCAGGAGGAGGGCUCGGCCGUCCGUGAGAAGGUGGCCAGUCUGUGUGACAAGGUGCGCGCGCACCACGACACGCGCUGCGGCCUCUACCAGAACAUGGAGGACAGCAUCGCCAAGGCCAAGACCAGCAAGGACACCGGCGCACUCCAGGCGAUUGUGAAGACGCUGAGCGCCGGUCUGAAGUCGGAGGCGGCUGCCAUCGCCGGCCUGCAGGAGCAGAUCCGCGCCGACGGGGCGGCAGAGACCGCCGAGCGGAUCGCCGAGCUGCAGCGGCAGGACAAGACGCUGCGCGAGCACCUGACCCAGCACGCCACCAUCGCCGAGCGCCUGCUAGCCGGCAAGCUGGCCAAGCCGCAGUUCGUCGAGCAGGAGGCGCAGCUCAACCGCAAGAAGGAGGAGGCCGUCCAGCGGAUGGAGGCCGUCGUGGCGUCCCUGUAGACGCCGCCGCCGCCGCCGGGCCGAGUCGCUCAGAGACUCACUCCGGCCGGAGGAGUCAGAGUCGCUCGCCGGCCGGCCGAGUCGGAGUCGCUCGCCGGCCGGCCGAGUCAGUGCCGGUGUGCGGUGCGGAGGCGCGGCCCGCACCGGCCUGUGGACCGCUCGGGGAUCCGCCGAGGACUGUCUGCGGGCGGCCCUUACCUGCCGGGGACCGCCGGGGCCUGUCAGUGGGAGCGGCGGCCGCCUCGUCAGUGUGUCCACUGCCUGCCUGUCGUCCGCCGCGUGCGCUGGUGUUUGUGUGUCUGUGUGUGUCCGAUCAGAGGCGCGGUUUCGUUACCCCGUUGGGUGAGGGAGUUCUGUGUGUGCACGCCUCACUGGCCACCCUGGCGCCGGGGAGGCCGAGUGAGGGCGUGGGCUCCUCCGCCGCGCCGGGCGGUAGGAACUGGGGCGACCAUCAGUGCACCGCACGAUCACAGCACUCUAAAAUCCCCGGUCCUAAUGUGAAAGUACAGUCAAUUUGUUAGCGGGGUGUCUGGUGUAUCGAUUUUCUAACCAAUCCUAGAUUGCCGGUGCGAUGUGGUGAUUGGGCGGUGUGGUGUGCGGGGUGGGGGGCGCCGGCCGCCCGUCACCAGCACCGCACCAGCGUCCGCCGCCGGCGGGCGAGCUCUCAAACGGCCUGUGGUACGCUCCUCCUCCUCGCUGAGAGGGCUGGGAGCGGGUGUGUACGUGUGUGGGGUGGGGUGGCCGCCGCAGCGCCGGCGCCCGGGCGGGCUGUCCGCCCGGACAGGCGCCGCGCCGGAGCCACUUCAAACUUGUGCUGUUCUUUUUAAUACACAUUCCCACGGCCUGG